CGUCGUAUAUCCUGCUUCAUCAAGAACAGCGAGUCUGCAUCCUUCACCUUCGCUUGAACUAAUUAAGCGUCACCAAUGGAAGGAAAAGCCGCAGUGACGACGUCGACCGAGCACGGCGACGGCGAGGCUUCGAGAACGGCGGCCCGCACCGUGGUGAGCGGCAGCAGCCGCGGCGGAGCGGCGAGCAGAGCGCUGUCCGUGGCCGACCUCAUCCUCCGCGUCGUGGCGGUCGUCGCCAUCGUCGACAGCGCCAUCGCCAUGGGCACCACCAACCAGACGCUCCCGUUCUUCACGCAGUUCCUCCGGUUCAAGGCGCAGUACAGUGACCUCCCGACCUUAACGUUGUUCGUGGUGGCGAAUUCGGCUGUUACUGCGUACCUGGUGCUGUCCAUCCCGCUGUCCGUCGUGCACAUCAUCAGGAGCAGGGCAAGUUACAGUAGGCUGGUGUUGAUCUUCCUUGACUCGGUAAUGCUGGCGCUGGUGGCGGCGGUCGCGUCGGCGUCGGCGGCGAUCGUGUACCUGGCGCACAAGGGCAACGUGAGGGCCAACUGGUUCGCCGUCUGCCAGCAGUUCGACUCGUUCUGCGAGCGCAUCUCAGGCCCCCUGAUCGGCUCCUUCGCCGCCAUGGCCGUGCUCCUCCUCCUUGUGCUCCUCUCCGCCGCCGCGCUGGCCCGCCGCUGAGUAAUAAGAAAAUCAAGGUUGAAUUGUGCAUCGCGCGGCUGACCGGGAGAGACGGUAACAUCAAUACAUGUGGCUGUUGCUGGUUGUUACUGUAGUUGUUACCGUGUCGCCUGUGUAUCAGGAGAUUCAGAGUCCGUGAGCCGUUGUCGAGUACGUACGUGCCGGCAGAGACCGGUGCCUUGCUUUGAAAAUUCAGUACUCCAACAUCGAGUGCAGUGACCUGUACUGGUUUACAAAUUUUCAAUUUUAAACUCAUCUGCACAAUGAGAAAGCAGAAGGUA